UUUGUCACCGAAUUUUGUAAGCCUUUACUUUAGAGCCUACUUUAAGUUUCAACAUGAUUUGAGGUUUAGAACUAGAAGAAAUGGGUACAUACAACAAACUUUCAGCCAAGUUAGCUUGAAUUUAAAGUUAUUCUCGCCGUGGGGUAAGGCAGUUUUAAACAAAUUUGUACCAAUAUUUCCACUUUGCAAGUCUUUUGAAACCAUGCCAAGAGUGAAGACACUAACAGAGAUGGGGGAUAGCACUGUAAGUAAAAAUGCUCCCUUAUCCCCUGAAGGCAGCAAGCUUCUAAACAGUCCAAUAACCUUAGAUUUUGACCCCUUGAGUUUUGAAUUCAAAGAUGGCAAUUCUGGUAGUCUAACCACUAAUAAGCAUGGUUUUGAAGGUGCUAGGACAGAAGUAGAAGCUCCAAAAAGUAAAAGGCAACGUAACUCAGCGAAGGUCCAUGAUAACAUUGAUUUAAACAUAGAAAAUACAUCUCUUGGAACACAGAAUAAAUCACAUUAUACUUCAAAAAAUAAAACAAAAAAUUCUCAUUAUAGAAGUAGGAAAGAUAGUGAUUCCUCAAGUGAUGAGCAGCAGAGCCCUAGCUCCGGAUCUGGAUCAGAAUCUGAUGUAGAUUCUCCAGAUUCACAUGCAGAAGCUGAUAAUAAUAAGUAUUUUAAAGGACAGUUACAUAGCAAUAAUUCUGAAGAAAAAAGGGCCAUAGCUCAAAGAAAUGGACAGACAAUUCAAUCUCAAAAAUCAGAUAAUGAAGGUAAUGAGUCACAAACCACAAGUGAUGCAGUUACUUGUACAGAAACAGAUGAUUCUAAGAUUACCUCACCUUUAACAACUAACUAUGACCUUAGCUACAGCUUUGAAGAUAUUCCCCACUUUAGGAGUAUUGCUAAGCACAGACCAAGAUACCAUGACAUUGAUAGUGAGGAGUACAAUGUAGGAGAUGUACUUGAAAAGUCUGUUAAUGAAGAAAAACAGCCAUCAUUAGAUUUACACCUACAUGCAGACUCUGGGUAUGUAACAAAAGAUUUGACGUAUGAUAAACAUGUUAUUGAGGAUACUUGUAGAAAGAACAACAAAGUCAUGCUUGAGGAAUCAGAAAAUAAAUAUGAUUUAGACCUAGAAGAAAAGGUUGAGUGUGCUGAGGACCUUGUAGAAAGAGAUGGUUCAGAACCAAAAAAUCAGGAGGUUGUGGAGCAUGAGUUUUCAGUUUCUGUAGUUGCACAGAAAGAGCAUGGCUCAGUGAAUAAAGACAGUGAUCAUUUUGUAACAACUAAAGACAACCAGCAUGAGAAGGAAGAAAGCUUUGUAAAAACGAUUCACAAUGAACAUGAAGGUGAAGAGCAUGUUGUAACUACCAAAGACAGUGAGCAUGAAGGUGAAGGACAUGUUGUAACUACCAAAGACAGUGAGCAUGAGGAUGAAGAGUAUUCUGUAUCAAACAAAAACAGUGAGCAUGACAAUGAAGAGCAUGAUGUAGCAAACAAAGACAGUGAGCAUGAUGAUGAAGAGCAUGAUGUAACAAAUAAAGACAUUGAGCAUGAUGGUGAAGAGCUUGCUGUAACAAACAAAGACAGUGAGCGUGAUGAUGAAGAGCUUGCUGUAACAAACAAAGACAGUGAGCAUGAUGAUGAAGAGCUUGCUGUAACAAACAAAGACAGUGAGCAUGAAUAUGGAGAGCAUGAUGUAUCAAACAAAGACGGUGAUCAUGACAAUGAAGAGCAUGAUGUAACAAACAAAGAUAGUGAGCUUGAGGAUGAAGAACAUGUUGUAACAACCAGUGAGAGUGAGCAUGAUGAUGAAGAGCAUGAUGCUAUGCAUGAAAAGUCAGAUACUUCUGACUCAGAUGUGGAGAAAAGUGGAAAGAAGAAAACAACCACUCAGAAAACAACUGCAUCUUCGGUAAACGUGGUUGAGAAACCAAGAUAUUCAACCUCCAGUAAUGAAUCACGAGAUGAAGAAAAAAUCAAAACAUUGAAAGAAAGUCAUGAGGAAAAGAUCACAACUACUACAAAGCUAGAACAGAAAACUACCAGGCAAUACCAUGAAGUGAAUGGAGUGUCAGAAAGUGAAAAGAAACCUGUAGAUAGUGAUAACUCUAGUGAUUCAGAAAGUAAUAAACCAGAGGUGGAGAAGGAAAAUGUGAUUCAUCUGGUGUCUGUGGAUAAAUUGAAAACAGAGUACAUAACGCAUGCCACACAUCAAUCUCAACUUGAACAACAGCCACCCAAAGACAGUAUCCUAGAAAGAAUCAAUCUGAAAAGUUUGAAAACAGAGUACAUAACGCAUGCAGCACACAAGUCACAACAAGAACAGGCACCAAAAGAUAGCAUCUUAAAGGCCAUUGACCUGAAGAGUAUGGCAUCAACAUACAUUGAGCAUGUACAACAUUCGGAUCAACGUCUUUUAACACCCUCUCGUGGGGUUGUACGGACAGGUGUGGACAUACAUUCUCUUAGACGAUUUUACCAGACUGACAAAAACAAAGAUGAAAAACCAGCACCUUCUCGAGGAGUCAUUCAAACAGGAGUCAACAUUUCAAAGCUUAUGUCAAGCUUUACAGAAAGCCAGAAGAAUCAUGUAAGCAUUGUUGAAAAAGAACCACUGGAGGAGGUCAAACCAUCGGUCAACAGAGCUAAAGUAGCGAGAACUUUCAGUCAGGGCCAAAAGGAUGAAAAAGAAACCCUGUGCAGGAUUUGUGGUAAACAUGUUUACCUUAUGGAUAAGAUUAAAGCAGAGAAGAGUGCUUUUCACAAGUUAUGCUUCCGAUGCAAGGAGUGCAACAAGGCUUUGAAUGUAGACACCUAUUCUUCCCAUGAAGGUGAGAUUUACUGCAAGCCUCAUUUCAGAGAACUGUUUCGACCCAAAGCAAACUUUGAGGAAGAUUCUGGACCAAUGACCAGUGACAUCCAGGAGGUAGAAGCAAAACCAAAGAAAUUUGAGAUGAUAAUCCGUGAAAAUGUUCCAGAAGAACUACCUCCAGAUGUUGUUCGAUCUGACACCAAAGUUGAGGUAGACUUACCCUCAGUGCCAGACCUGACUGGUAUAAGGUCUCGCUUUGAAUCUCCCCAGGAAGAGAUUCAUUACGCUUCUAUCGCAGACAAGUUCUCUUUGCAGAGAACUGAAAGUGUUAUGCAGCGUCUAGCAAAGUAUCAAUCUGCUGUAUCUGGUGAAGAAAAUGGUGAAAUCUUAGGAUCUAGUGAAGAUGAGGAUUAUGAUCCCUCAGUUGUUAGAGAAAGCAAAAAGAAAGAAAAGGUUAAAUUUGUGGAAAUGUCAAACUUGAAAUCCCAAUGGGAAAGUGGGAAUGUUGGAAAACCUGAAGCUAAAGGUGCAGAUACAAAGGAUGAACUCAACAAGCUGCGGCAGAAGAUGUGUUUGGGAAGGUCAGAGUCGAAAAGGGCACUUUAUGAACGUGCAUGCAAAGAAGCUGAAAGUAACUUGGCUUCCAAAUCAGCAUCUGUCGAGUUAGGCAAUGAAGUGAAAACAGUAAACAUUAAAGAGAAGUUUGAAAAAGGUGAACUGGAGAGUGAAUUGGAACAAGAAAAACAAGAAAAAGCUCGACGAGAAAAAGAAGAAGAUUUUAGUGUCUUUAGUGAAACAGGCACUGCAGCAGGAGCAAGAUCACUUUUCAAACAGAUUGAUGCCACAACUGUUUCGUCCUCAUCAGUUAAAUCACCUUCUGCUGAUCAAAAACGGGCUAGAGAAGUGCCUAUAUCCACAGUGUCUCCCACAAGAGAUGCUGAUGUUGUCAAAUGUAGUGACCCAGUUUCUAAAGAUGAAAUUGAAGUUGAUCCUACUCAGCUUACUCAACGUUUCCACUUCUUUGAAAACUACAAAGAGGAAUCAAAAGAAAGGAAACGAUUCCAGAUUACUCCUCCACGAGAAACUAAAAAAGAAGAAUCUCCUGUAAGAGAAAUUGAAAGAGAUCCCAACAUUGUACGAUCUUCAGAUGCUGCUGAUGAAGUUAUCGUUACUGACACUGCUAAGAAGAUGCUAAACAAGUUUAAGCAGUUGGAGAAUCAGUCUGACAGUGGUGAUGUCCCAGCUGGUCCCAAGCCAGUAAAACGUAUCACUCCACCACGAGAGUACACGAAGAUUGACGAUGAACACGAGCCUUCACCAGAACCAGAAAGAGAUCCCAACAUAAUUCUCUGCAGCUACAAAAAUGAAGAUGACAUUGCAUGGGACACUGAAAAAGCUAAGAAUCUUCGGGCUAAGUUUGAGCAUUGGCAACCUGAUGCUGAACAAGAUAGCACUAAAAAUGAAAAUGAAUUCCUACCAGAAACUGAUACAGCUAAGAACUUGAGGGCAAAGUUUGAAGCUAUUCGGGAAGAAAGCAUAAAGCCAAAAGAGAAACCAAAACCCAGAGUGAGGAGAUUUGUAGACUUAGGUUCACCUUCGGGAGAAGACUGUGAUGUCUGUGGGAAGCGAUUAUACCCUGUGGAAAAGAUGGAGGCUAGCGGGAUUAAAUUCCAUCGGAACUGUUUUCGCUGCACGCAUUGUAACAGUAUGUUAAGGCUGGAAAAUUACACAACUGGUGGAGGAAAACUUUACUGCAGUCCACACUUCAAGCUUCUUUCCAUUUCAAAGUCAACCCAUGAAACUGUAUCUGAAAUGGGUCACGAAACUGCAUCCGAAACAGGCCAUGAAGCUGUAUCUGAAAUGGGUCACGAAACUGCAUCCGAAACAGGCCAUGAAGCUGUAUCUGAAAUGGGUCAUGAAACUGCAUCCGAAACAGGCCAUGAAGCUGCAUCUGAAAUGGGUCACGAAACUGCAUCCGAAACAGGCCAUGAAACUGAACAUGAUAUUUUAUCAGAAAGUGGCCAUGAGGAUGAACUCAAACCAACCAAGACUGAAGUUAGUAAUGAAUUUCAGGAGACAGUCAAUGCUGCUGGUGUUGAUGAGGCAGCAUCAUAAGUACAUCUGUUUAUUUUUGUCACUUUAGAUUGUUAGACAUAAAAGCGAGAUUCGAUGACGAGGAACCCACUUUGAGACUAAUAAUGGCUGGAGACGGCUUGAAUGGGUAAUGAAGAAAAACUUUAAUAUAAGUUUAA